AUGGCCACUACUGAGUCUCAACUACAUCUUGAUUUAGAAACAGACUAUGCUGAGGUCGUCAUAUCAGUCGGGAAAAUAACGUUUGGUGAGCUCCAAAGAAACAAGAAGUGUCCUAAAGAAAUGCAAAGAGAUAGUCUAGGGGAAAUCGAAAAUGAAAUACCCUUGAAUGCCAAGACAGGAACUGUGGAAGGGAAGAAGAAGGGAGAUGAACAGAGGAAGCUAAAGGAGAAACAGGAUGAUGUGCUUAAACUCAUGCGGGCAGCAUGUGCUUUGCUGAACUCGGGCGGAGGCGUGAUACAGGCAUCGAUUGCAAACCAAGGCUACUCUUCUGUGCGAGAUGGAAUUGGUCAGGACAUCCAAAAAGCCUUGCAGGAGUGUAUUCAUUUUGAAGAAUUAUCCGAAUAUUUUGAUUUUAUUGAGGAAGAUCAUCACAUGAUGAUUUGGGUGAAGUCAUGGAGCAGCGUAAAUUCCUCCAAGCCACGAAUUUGUAGUGUGGCAACUGGUUUGCACCAGCUCAAUGGAGAAUCUGCUGUGAAGCGGAAGGAUUUGACCUUUCUGAAAGAGAAGCUAGCUUCUGCCAAGCGUGAGCCUAAAGAUCAGACGAAUCCUAAGAGGCCUCGUCUCCUGAUUAAUAUCCAGGGUUCAGCAGGAGUCGCUGUAGAAAUGGUAGACGGCAUGCAGGAGGCUGCGGCUCAGUUUUUCAAUCGAGACCAACUGGAGUAUGGAGAGAUCCUGGAUUUCUCUAAGUGGACAGUGGCUGAGUUUAAGGUCUUUCCAACAGACAAGCAAAGCUAUGAGUUUGUUAGAAUCACCGUAGCACGCUAUGCUUCCAUUUUUGCAAACAUAAAAGGGGGAUACUUAAUUUUUGGUGUGGACAAUUCUCGGAAAGUUGUUGGGUGUAAAAGAAAUGUUAAACCAAUGCAAGUGAAAGAGGUAGUUGCAACAACCAUUGACACUAUCCCCUACUUCCCUUUAUGUGCUUCUAAGCCAAAAGUUAACUAUGAAUUUAAAGCCCAGGCUGUUUAUGAUAAAUAUGGAGAGGGACGUGGUUAUGUCUUUGUUGUGAAAAUCGAGCCAUUUGAUGGCAUUGUCUUUUCGGAAAAGCCCGAUUCGUGGACAGUGGAGGGUGACCAUCUGAAGAGAUUGGAGAUUGCUGAAUGGCUUCAAAUGAUGACAGCAGAAGACCCAGCAGAGUCCAACAGGAUGAUGUUUGUUCCCCAGCCUCUCUGUGACAAGUUAUUCUUGGAGUAUCCAGGGCUGAAAGCUUUGCUAGAAAGGGAAAUUCAGACAUCGGUUCAAGGAAUACUGAUGUUUUCAAGAAGCUGGGCUGUGGACAUUGGGUUGCCCAAGAACCGGGCCAUUGUGUGUGAUGCGUUUUUGAUGGCUGUUGGACGCCAUCCCAUCCUUUACACCAUAGUUGAGGACCCCACCUCUGAUGUGUUUGAGCAUUCAAGACACACAGCCAGAUUGCUAAAGCAGAAGCUGGUGAAUAUCGGAGGAUACGCUCAAAGGAUCUGUGUGAUUCCAAAGAUCUUGAAUCUACAUCAUAACAAUUUGCAGAAUGCUGGAGACGAGAGGUUGAAGUACCCCAAAGACUACAGCUUGCGGCAAGAACACCUACCCAGCUUACAGAAGUCACUUGCAGCAGUCUUGCUUGGCUUCACUUCCUUUUUGAGUGACUUCAUUGGAGUGGAGUUUCUCAAUCUCUUGACCCUUGAACAAUAUGAAAAUCUCUCGAAGAGACUUGAUGAGACCAGGCUCCACUUUAUAUAUGGCAUCCCCGGAAGCGGGAAAACAGUGGUGGCUUUGAAGAUUAUUGAGAAAAUAAAGAACGAGUUUGGCUGCCAACCCCAUGAAAUACUUUACAUUUGUGAAAACAAGCCACUGCAGGAUUUUGUCGGGCAGAAAAUGUACAAUGCAGUGACAAGAACUACAUUUAUGAAGGAAGAAUUUCCGAAUGUCAAACACAUUGUGGUUGAUGAAGCUCAGAAUUUCCGAGUGGAGAACGGCCAAUGGUAUAAGAAAGCCAGCAGCAUUGUCACUCGUGACCCUGAAAAUCCAGGGAUCUUCUGGAUCUUUUUGGACUACUUCCAAAUGAGUCACCCUUAUGAAACCGGCCUCCCACGUCCAACACAACAGUAUCCAAAGGAUUUUCUUACCAAGGGUGUCCGGAAUGCCUCUCAGAUCUAUGAAGUUGUGAGAUUAGAGAUGGAAAAAAUAGUUCAGACCAAGUGCUUAAACAUUCCUUACCCGCAACUGAAAAAGCUGCUAGACAGAGCAUGCUGCAGUAAUUCUGUGGUUGGCCAUUGCCUUAUAAAGCCUGAGAUGGAGGUGCAGGAGAUGGCACGUUAUGUGGCCGGACAGUGUCAGAUCUACCUGGACAGAGGCUACUCCAAGAAAGACAUUGCAAUUCUGUGUAGCACAAAAGAACUAGCUUCGAAAUACUUGCAUGUUUUGAAACAGGAGAUGAGGAAAAAACGCCUUGAUGUUUGUUUUGUGCCAGCCAAUGAGAUACUGAAAGACGAGAUUGUCCUUGACAGCAUUCGCCGUUUUUCAGGCCUUGAGAGGACCAUCGUGUUUGCUGUCAACCCAGUCUCUUCGCAGCAGGAGGUUUCGCACAACCUUUUGCUCUGUGCGGCCUCCCGAGCUAACAAACAGCUUCAUUUGUUGCAUGAAAAGGAGCAAGUUCUAUAAAUCUGAAAAGGGUCGAAUUGCAGAUCUGGACUUGAGCAUCUUGAAAAGAAGCAAAGGUACAAGAAAGCCACGCUGAUGUUACUUUCUGCUUGGUAUAGGUUUUUGCCCAUGUCCACCCAGUCAGGACUGGGUUUGCCAACAUGCCUGGAGAAAAAAUGCCCUGUCCCCCCCCCUUUUUUAAAUAUGUUUUUUAUUCUUAAUCAACGUCAAGUUAAAAUACAAACAUUUUGAAAUGCUAGCAAAUACUAAGUAAUCAUGGUACAUUAGAUACAAAACAUAAUCUUAACUAUGUAUUUAAAUACUGAUAUAAUAACAACAUUGUAUGCUACAUCUUAAGUGCUAUUAACUAUUAACUAUUUUUGACGUUUGUCAGAUGCUAGUAGUGUUAUAAGAAGAAACUAAAUGAUCGUUAA